UGUAUUUUUGAAUUGUACAGUUUCCACAGAAAAGGCGCGAGGAUCAAUCGAGAGGGUGAGGGACAGAAAAAGAGAGAUCGAUGAGUUCAAAAGAGAGUUGCAGAAACGAGCUCCGAACUGCAAUUUGUCAACUCAGCGACCGUUGCCUCUACUCUGCUGCCAAAUGGGCAGCAGAGCAGUUGGUGGGGAUCGAGCAGGAUCCGGCCAAAUUCACACCGUCGCACACCAGAUUCCAGCUAGGUAGUUCCAGCAUUCGCCGGAGAUUUCGCACUAAUGAGAUUGCUUCCACACCAACCGCCGGCGUAUCUUCCGUAUCUACACCAGUGCUGGAGGAGGACGAAGCCAUAGAUGGUGAUUUCUACCUUUUAGCUAAGUCGUACUUUGAUUGCCGGGAGUAUCGUAGGGCUGCUCAUGUGCUUCGUGAUCAGACUGGAAAGAAAGCCGUGUUCUUACGAUGUUAUGCUCUUUAUCUGGCUGGAGAGAAGCGCAAAGAAGAAGAGAUGAUAGAACUUGAGGGACCUUUGGGUAAGAGUGAUGCUGUGAACCAUGAACUGGUUUAUCUUGAGAGGGAGUUGUCAAUGCUCUGCAAAAAUGGCACUGUUGAUCCCUUUGGACUGUAUUUAUAUGGACUUGUGCUCAACAAGAAAGGCAGUGAAAAUAUUGCCCGUACAGUACUAGUGGAGUCAGUGAAUAGCUACCCCUGGAACUGGAAUGCUUGGACGGAGCUGCAGUCCUUAUGCACUACAAUUGACAUUUUGAAUAGCCUUAAUCUCAAUUAUCAUUGGAUGAAAGACUUCUUCCUUGCCAAUGCUUACCAAGAACUCAGGAUGCACAAUGAAUCCUUGGGAAAAUAUGAAUAUUUACAAGGCACUUUUAGUUUCAGUAACUACAUUCAAGCUCAGAUUGCAAAAGCCCAGUACAGUCUGAGGGAAUUUGAACAAGUAGAAGUAAUAUUUGAAGAGCUUUUAAGGAAUGAUCCUUAUCGAGUUGAAGACAUGGAUAUGUAUUCCAAUGUGCUAUAUGCAAAGGAGUGUUUCUCCACUUUAAGUUACCUUGCUCACAGGGUAUUCUUGACUGAUAAAUACAGACCUGAGUCUUGUUUCAUUAUUGGGAACUAUUACAGUUUGAAGGGGCAGCAUGAGAAGUCAGUUGUGUAUUUUAGGAGGGCACUCAAAUUGAACAAAAAUUACUUAUCUGCUUGGACACUCAUGGGUCAUGAGUAUGUUGAGAUGAAGAACACUCCAGCUGCUGUUGAUGCCUAUCGAAGGGCUGUAGAUAUAAAUCCGUGUGAUUAUAGAGCCUGGUAUGGGUUGGGACAAGCAUAUGAGAUGAUGGGCAUGCCCUAUUAUGCUCUUCAUUACUUUCGAAAAUCAGUUUUCCUGCAGCCAAAUGAUUCUCGGUUAUGGAUUGCCAUGGGUCAGUGCUAUGAAACCGACCAGCUUCAAAUGCUUGAGGAUGCCAUCAAGUGUUACAAAAGGGCAGCAAAUUGUAAUGACACUGAGGCAAUAGCUCUGCACCAGAUAGCAAAGCUAAGUAAGGAUCUGAAGCGUUCUGAAGAAGCUGCAUUUUACUACAAAAAAGAUUUGGAGAGGAUGGAAGCUGAAGAGAGGGAAGGGCCAAAUUUGGUUGAAGCUCUGCUUUUUCUUGCUACUUACUACAAAUCCCAGAAGAGAUUUGAAGAAGCAGAGAUCUAUUGCACCCGUCUUCUUGAUUACACUGGCCCAGAGAAGGAAACUGCAAAGAGUUUACUCCGGGGAAUGAGAAAAGCACAAUCUGGUUUCUCUUCUAUUGAUAUUGAGCAUUUGCCCCCCUGAUACUACCUUCAUGUGAUAGUGGUAUAAAAAUCUUUGAAGCAGGGAGGGGGCUUGGGUUCAUUUUCUUAAUGGGCAACACAUUCUCCAUCAUGAGGUCAAAUCACACUCUCUCCCACCUCCCCACCCCUUCUUUUUUCCUUUUUCCUUUUUCCCUUGAUUCACUCUCUCUCUCUCUCUCUCUAUCUCUCAUUCCUGAGUUCUAUGAUUCCCUCUGUCAAUUCUUUAUCUUGCUCCUAGUUAUAUAUAUGUAUGUACAUAUAUACGUAUAUUUGACCUUUAACCAAACCCAAUAAUGCUUAAGCCAUUUCUUCUACUUCCCAAUUACAGUCGCAAACAACCUUUUACUGUAGAGGAAAGGAACAUCUUUGUUUAAAAUUUUAUGUAUAGAGAUUCAGCUCCAUCACUUAGUGCAGCCUUAAGGUUUUAACAUCCAGUCAUUUUGCAGAUCAAUCCAUCUCUGCCACUAAGGCUUAAUAUUUCUUAUAUGUCAAAGGUUGGCCAAGUAUGAACUCACCCUCACAUUUAUAAAUUAAUUUUUUGUUUCAAUUAAGUACUGGUGAGUAAUAUACCAUUGGACUAUGUAACCUCUAUGGAAUGAUGUAGAGUUUGAGUGGAGGUAUUGUUGUAUUUGAUUACUCUUGCAAUAAAAAAAGUGGGGGGUCUCCUCUUUUUGAUAGAGAACAAGGGGGUUGAGGCAUGGGAAAAGCUAGGACCAUGGGUUCAGUGGUCAUAAUUCUCUCCAUACGAGAGAGAUAAAGAGGGCAGAGAGACAUGAAGCCUCUGACAAAUGACACGAAAUACAUUGGAUUUGAGUACUCUAUUCUUUCUUUCAACACCAACACCCAACAUCAAUCAUCAUACCCUCCUCCUUGCUCUUCCCUCUGACUCUCCACCACCACCAUCAGUACUCCCUUAUCAUCCACCACCACCACCACCACUAUCAUCAUCUCCACAUAGAAGAAGAAGAUCAUCAAGAACCACAAACCCCAUCAGCCACACACCGCAACAAGAAGAGGAAGGAGGGUGUUCCAUCACCCACACCACUACAAGGAGGGUGUACUUAUGAGAAAAUUAACCUUGGUCUUUUUUUGAGUAUCGAAGAGUCUUGUGCUUCUUCUUCUUCCUCUCCAUCAUCAGAGGCUCCAUCAACUAUUUCUUUUCUCCAGGGGAAUCAAGCAUCUCAGUCCGAUUAUUUGCUAGAUCCAAGAAAAUUACAGCAUGCUUAAGAAGCUUUUCGGCUAUCUGGGUUUUUUCAUUUUUCACUUAUUAAAUGUAAUGGUUUGCUUUGGUAUGUCUUUUUUGACUUGAAUUUUGGUGUCCUUGGUCUUAAACUGACUGCAGAAAAAGAAGAAACCUGAUAAUGGCAUGUGGGUAUUGUGUUUUUUUAGUUCAGAACACCAACAAUCAUUAUUCAUUCACUUUGCAAAUAAUGAAAGCCGGAUAGGGUUUUGAUAUU